AUCACCGAUCGAUUUAGUUACCAUUUGAAGCAGUAAGAUAAUUGAAUCUAGAAAUGAUUGUUAGAUUAUGUGUUUUCACUUUAUUCGUUGCAAAUUUGCAGCUCACCAAUGGCGAACCAUUCUUCGGACUCGAGGUCACCGGAACCUUCGGCACGGAGAAGGACAUCUCCAGCGCGGCACUCGCCGUCGUAGCACCGUUCCUGCCGAUGAAAGCGUCGAUGGCCCGAUUCAACGCGUUGUCCCCCUUCAGCACGGUGCCGCUGAGUGAUGCCGCCGAAGGUGUGAGUUUCAUCUACGAUGGCGUUUUGACGACCAUCCAAAACGCAACCGGAUUGGUGGGAAAGGCUGCAAUUGACGAAACUUCCGAUCCGGUGGAGUUGUUCGGUGCCAUUACGGAAGCCCUCGCAACUGCGGAUGAGUUCGUCAAGGCAACGCCGGCUGAAGUCGACAAGAUUAAGCUGAUCUCAGCGGGAAUCUCGGGUACUUUGACCGAUGCUUUUGGAAUACUGGGAAGCGUCGUGGGAGAUUUGACUGAUACGAUGAGUACCUUUGAGAGCUCGUUGGGUUCACUGGGUGAUGUUACCCAAGUUACAUCUGCAAUGGUUUUCAAGGUGCUGAACAAGUUCAAGCUAGCCAAAGCGAUCGGAAUUCUGGACGCGUUCAAAUCCCAAAUCGAGCUCGUGCAAGGUCAAGUGGCGGACUUGGUGUCGCAAAUCUCAACAUCUGAAGAUUUGAUGAGUUCAUUCACGUCACUGCUGACGAAUGCGUUCUCGACGCUGGACGUGCCCCUGUCUAGCAAGUACAACGCGAUAAUGAAGUCGUCGGAUGCUUUUGCGAAUGAAAUAACGAGCACCCUGGCCAAGCUGAACACGGCGACUGUCAAGUUCAACGAUAAGAUAAAAACCUUCACGGAUGACAUUAUUGGAGCAAAUGUCGCAAACAUCACCGCGGCCACAAACGAAUUCGUCAACUUCUACAAAUACUUCCUCGAUACGCUGUUGCCCAAUUCUCAGGAAAAGUUUGAAGCGGUUGCUUCCUGGACUACGGAUUCCGUCCAAACGGCAGCUAGGGAUGUUCUGUUCAAUACGUACCAAACUUUGGAUAACGCUAUCAGAAACCUUCCUUCCGGAAGUACCUGUGCUACCAAGAAUCUGACUCCUUUGGUCAAGACGUUGAGCACUCAGAUUCCGUCUUUAUCCAGUUGUCUGAGCUCUUUGGAUCCUACAACUGUAGCCAAUGAUCAGGUGGCCACUCUGAAGAACUUACUUGAAGAUCGGUUGUAUUACACCAGCUUAUGGACGGAUGCCAUUACCGGAGUCACGAGCAAAUCUAGUGCCAGCGUUCGCAGGAUUGCCCUCAGCAAAAUUCUUGCAAAAACACCCUCUUCCAACGUGGACGUCCACCAACCCGCUCUGGCCGAUACGUACAGCAUCUUCGGCCAGCUAGUGUCCAACUUCAACAGUCAGCAAAAUCGCGUCACCAUGUGUCUGACGCUGAAGGGAGUGGACUACUCGGCACUGAUCAUAUCCGCUUCGAACGCGUACUUCACCUGCAUCAAGCGGGCCUAAACGGGAAAAAACUUUAUGUACUUUACAAUAAAACUAUUUCUUUCCAUCAAAAUGGUACUGAUUAUACGCAG